AUGAUUUGCAACUCUCUCUUUAUCAUUACAGGCCUGCUGGCAAUAGUCUCUGGCCUCCCCAUGGCGACUUCGUUGAUAGCUCGUGCAGACUCUAGCAAGUAUGUGUUUGCUCACUUCAUGGUUGGCAUCGUUGAGAAGUAUCAGUUAUCAGACUGGAUCGCCGACAUGACCACAGCGCAAGCAAUUGGCAUUGAUGCAUUUGCCCUUAACUGCGCCAGCAUAGACAAAUACACACCCGCUCAGCUAGCACUAGCGUACCAGGCGGCUCAGCAGGUCAACUUUAAAGUCUUUAUCUCCUUCGACUUUGCCUAUUGGAGUAACGGAGACACAGAGAAAAUCACGGCGUAUAUGAGACAAUAUGCAAGUCAUCCCGCACAGAUGCAGUAUAGUGGGGCUGCCAUUGUCAGUACAUUUGUUGGAGACAGUUUCAACUGGGGUCCUGUAAAGCAAGGGACCUCCCACCCCAUAUGGGCCCUGCCUAACCUCCAGGAUCCGGCGGCGGCGUCGAGUGGUGCUACGCGGUCCACCGAUGGUGCCUUCUCCUGGUAUGCAUGGCCUACUGAUGGGGGAAACAGCAUCAUACCCGGACCAAUGACCACUAUCUGGGAUGAGAGGUUUGUUAAAGCUCUGGCUGGACAAACAUAUAUGGCUCCGGUAUCGCCGUGGUUCGCAACGCACUUCAACACCAAAAAUUGGGUAUUCGUCUGUGAGAAUCUUCCGACCCUUCGUUGGGAACAGAUGCUCCAGCUUCAGCCAAACCUGAUCGAGAUUAUCUCAUGGAAUGAUUAUGGCGAAUCGCACUACAUCGGACCUUACUCUGCCAAUCAUAGUGAUGACGGCUCUUCACAGUGGGCAGCAGGAAUGCCCCAUGAUGCCUGGCGAAACCUGUAUAAGCCUUACAUAACAGCUUACAAGUCUGGUGCGAUUGCUCCUAUCAUAGAGAAGGACGAACUUGUAUAUUGGUACCGUCCCACGCCGAAGAACAUCGCUUGCACCGGUGAUCCCCUGCCUCAACCAAACGGUGUCAGCAUGCUGCACGACAGUGUCUUCAUCGCUACCAUGUUGACAAAACCAGCCACGUUGAUCGUUACGAGUGGUUCCAAUCAACCAGUCUCCAUUGAAGUACCGGCGGGGAUUGUCACAUCGAAUAUUAGUAUGGGCGUAGGUGUUCAGAAAUUCUCCGUGACACGCGAAGGGAAGGCUAUCAUGAGUGGCACGGGUGGGUUGGACAUCAAGGACAAUUGUAAGCAUUGGAAUUAUAACGUUUAUACUGGUUCGGUAGCAAGAGAGGGUUAG